AUGCCACAAGAAAUCUCAUUGAGUUUAGAAGAGACAAAUAAGAUACGAACGCAGCUAGAAUUACGGCCAAUAGAAGAAAAAUCGAUUUCACACAACAAUGUCAUUGAGUUAUCACUUGAGGAAACCAAUAAACUACGACUUUCAUUAGGGUUAAAACCUAUCCCCAUAGAGCCCUCAUCAGCAAAGCCAAAGACUAUUGACUUUAAGCCGAGCAAGAAAAUGGAUGAUGAACUACUAUCUCAGAAACUUGCCAAAGCUAAAGUAGCUUCAGAGAAACGGAAAUUGUUAAAGACAACACAAGGAGACGGGGGUGAGGAUGAUGAAAUAGAUACUGAUAAUUGGCUACUGAAUAUUGGUAAAACUCAAUCCACCAAGAAACAAAAGAUUGAUAAAGUUCCCAGCAAGAAACAGUCCGAUUUGAUAAAUGCUCAUAUUGGACAUAGUGCACAAGAAUUGCAAAAUUUACGAAAUAAUGACAUCUUAACACUACAGGACACAGAAUUAUUAAAAGAUGAUGACGAUGAUGACGAGGGCGAUAUCCUUGUUAAUGAAGAGUUAGCUGCCAAUGCAAAAGUUCAGAAGAAUUUGAAUGAGAGAAGGGAAGCAGAGAUGAUCAAGUUCAAUGGACGGCAUUAUAAACGAAACGAUGAUGACAUGGGAGGAGAUAAUUUGGGUGAAGUGGUGGCCAAAAAGUCGGUCAUCAUCAAAAACUCCAGCAUCAGCUUAAAGAACUCAGAGUCUGGGUCAAACAAGGCAGAAUCAGUGCCUCAAAAUACAACAAAAUUUAGCAACUUUUUUGACGACUUGGAGGAAUCACCUGAAGAAAACACAGGUUCACAACCACAAAUCAAGAUAAAAAAAUUAAAGAAAAGGAAACCGCUAGAUAGCACAAAAGCUGGCACAUCAACAAGAGUUAAAGUUGAUGAUUUUGAGCAGUUACCGAAUAUUGACGAUUCGGACUAUGACUACUUACAAGAUAAUUUUGUAUCCAUUUCACACAAGCAGAAACAACAACAGCAAGCAAAACAAAAGAUGACUCCGGAGGAGAUUGCUCUUGAAAUUGUACGAAAUAGGAAGGUAGCUAUGGAGAGGAAAUUGGAAGAAGAAUCAAUGAGACGUCAGUAUCUGACUCCAUCAGAAAAUUUUGAAAAUGUAGAAGAUCUUGAUACCGUUGGGUUUUUGAAUAAUUUGGAGGGGAAUAUCCUAGGUGAAAAUACGCACGAACAAGAUGCCACAGAUGAUGACAUUUUCGAUGCGGCUGAGACAAUUGUUAAUGAGAAAGACGGACAUUGCGAUGAUGGUAAUACCUUAACAGCGCAAGUUAAUGGAAAUGGUACUACGAUGGAGGUAGUGCGAAAAGAAUUGAAAGAGAACUCGACCAACGAUAGUUCUCAAAAGAGACCUCAGUUACCAAAGAAAACCAAUGAAGAUAUUCGUCCUAAAUUCAACACAGGAUUAGCUGAUACCUUAAAAUUCUUAAAAUCAAGAUCCAAUGAUAACAGUUUGCAACAACAAACUAACAACUCAUCAAGCUCUACUCGUGAAGAACUUUCGAAACAAACUGAACUUUUGAAAUUGAAAAUUGAUAUCGAAGAAAGAAUACUUCGUGAUAAACUAGGCAAGGAUAAACAUUAUAUGAAAUUAUCAAAAGUUGAUCGAGAGAAAUUUUUCGAAACGGAAUUGGAUAAACGAUUGGCUGAAAAGGGUAUCAUUGUUGAAGCUACAAAGAAUAAGAGAUUCAAUCAAAGUAAUGGGCAUAAAAAUGGGCUGAUUCGAAAAACAAUGGCCAAUAUGAACACAGUCACAUCGGGUGAUAAUAAUGACGACAAGUAUGCAACUUACAAUCCUAAGGUGGAAUUGAAUUAUAAAGAUGAUGAAGGUAAAGCAUUAGACACAAAGCAAGCUUACAAACAUUUAUCACACAAGUAUCAUGGCAUGACUACUAGUCAAAGAUUAGCCAAGAGUAAGAAAAAAGGGGAGAAAGGCAAGGUUGGUGCACCAACCACAAAGGAUGAAAUUGUAGAUUAA